GAGGAGGAGGAGCGGCGGUGGCACAUGGAGCUGGAGCCCGCUGUCUGCAGCCCGCCCCGCACCGACCAGAUAACCUGAGAAAAAUGGAAACAGAUGAGCCUCAAGACAUGUCCCAGAUUUCAGGGAAGGAAAGUCCUCCAGUAAGUGAUGUCCCUGAUGAUGCAGACGAACCCAUGCCUGUGCCAGAAGACCUUUCUACAAGUUCAGGAGGACAGCAGAAUUCAAAGAAUGAAAGAGUUUUAGAGAAACAUCACGGGAGUUACAUAACUGUACCAAGGAGUCCCCUUAAGAGUGAUUUAAGUCCAGCUGCAUUUGGGGCUGAAGGCUUUAGGGAUUUUCACGCAAUAAUUUCCAAAUCUUUUUCUCCCGGUAAUGUUAAAGUAGAGACUCAGAGUGAUGAAGAGAAUGGGCGUGCCUGUGAAAUGAAUGGGGAAGAAUGUGCGGAGGAUUUACGAAUGCUUGAUGCCUCAGGAGAGAAAAUGAAUGGCUCACCCAGUGACCAAGGCGGCAAAGCUUUGGGCGGAGUUGGAGGCAUUCGACUUCCUAACGGAAAGCUAAAAUGUGAUAUCUGUGGGAUCAUAUGCAUCGGUCCCAAUGUGCUCAUGGUUCACAAAAGAAGCCACACUGGAGAGCGUCCUUUCCAGUGCAAUCAGUGUGGAGCCUCUUUUACUCAGAAAGGCAACCUCCUCCGCCAUAUCAAGCUGCAUUCUGGCGAGAAGCCCUUUAAGUGUCACCUCUGCAACUAUGCCUGUCGCCGGAGGGAUGCCCUCACGGGACAUCUCAGGACUCAUUCAGUUGGUAAACCUCACAAAUGUGGAUAUUGUGGCCGAAGCUAUAAACAGCGCAGCUCUUUAGAGGAACAUAAAGAGCGUUGCCACAACUACUUGCAGAGCAUGGGCCUUCCAGGCACUCUGUACCCAGAUAAAGAAAUGCAUAUGCCCAUAAUGAGAGCAUCCACUGUGACUGAGUUACCUGAGCCAGAGGAUGGAGAUAUAAGCAGUACCCCCUUCAUUAAAGAAGAAACAAACCAUGGUGAAAUAGCCGAAGACCUGUGCAAGAUAGGGCCAGAGAGAUCCCUCGUUCUGGAUAGACUAGCAAGUAACGUCGCCAAACGUAAGAGCUCUAUGCCUCAGAAAUUUGUUGGUGAGAAAUGCCUGUCAGACAUUCCGUACGAUGCCAGUGCGAAUUACGAGAAGGAGAAUGAAAUCAUGCAGACCCACGUGAUGGACCAAGCCAUCAACAAUGCCAUCAGCUACCUGGGGGCCGAGUCCCUGCGCCCCCUCGUCCAGACUCCCCCGGGUGGCUCGGACGUGGUGCCCGUCAUCGGCCCCGUGUACCAGCUCCACAAGCCCCACGGGGACGGUCACGGCCGAGCCAACCAUACAGCUCAGGACAGCGCUGUGGAAAACUUGUUGCUCCUUUCCAAGGCCAAAUCCAUCUCGUCUGAGAGAGACGCCUCUCCGAGCAACAGCUGCCACGACUCCACGGACACGGAGAGUAAUAAUGAGGAGCGUGGCGGUCUCAUUUACCUGACGAACCACAUAGCGCCCCACGCCCGAAAUGGCCUAUCCAUUAAGGAAGAGCACAGACCCUAUGAGGUCCUGAGGGCGGCAACUGACAAUUCCCACGAUGCUUUCAAAGUGAUCAGCAGCAGUGGAGAGCAAGUCAAGGUGUAUAAGUGUGAACACUGCCGAGUCCUCUUCCUUGAUCAUGUGAUGUAUACCAUCCACAUGGGUUGCCACGGCUUCCGUGAUCCUUUCGAGUGCAACAUGUGUGGCUACCAUAGUCAGGACAGGUAUGAAUUCUCCUCCCACAUAACACGGGGGGAGCAUCGUUUCCACAUGAGUUAAAACUCCCUUCUGCGCUGAUGUAGCCUGUCUCUGCUCUGCUCCUGGAGUAGCAUGACCCGCAUGCACACACACACACACACACACACGCACGCACGCACGCACGCACGCACACGCACAUACAGAAGAAAAAAGCACAAAUC